AGCAAUCCAACCGAAUUCGAGUAAUUAAUUGAAGUAUUCAAAUACUAGGACACCCAAUGUCACCACCACCUAUCCAAUUCUACUCCCUUGGUUCGUUAAUCCUAAGUUCUCAAUUCAAUUGUUGACAACCAAUUUCCCUUUCUUAUUCAACACUUCAUUCUUGGUUACACCGAAAAUAUUUUCAAUACUAAUCCCUGUUAUUCCUAACAAUCAAAUUCAAAUUUCAAAAACUCAUUAAGAACGGUGGAUAAUCGUGUAGCGAUUACAUAGGUCAUUCACCUAUAUUCAUAUGGUUCAUACACCUUAUGUCAUCUACGAUGAGAAGCAACCCUAGGUAUCUCCUUCUGGUCUCAACCUAGGUAACACAUCAUUUGGAUGGUGGUCAAGCACCCAAAACAUUAAAUACAACCAUAGAUAAUCAACAAUGAAAGAGAAAUCAAGAAUCACAAUCAAGUUUAUAGAAUCAUCAAGAGUGGGGUUCCAUUAGGACCCUAGUUAUCUCAUAUCCUGCCAAUACAUAACAAAACCAUGAGUAACAAUCAUUAUUACAAGGAAUAUUGAGAGAGAAAGAGUAAACUCCUGAAAUCCCCUUCUUCCUUGCUCCAAUGGCUGCUCCAACAACUGCUCUCCAAACCCUAGCCUCCAAGCAUCAUGUAAAAACCUAAUGUCUACCCUUUUAUGCACUCUAAAACUCUUGUGCCGUUUUUCUAAUAAGUUGGUGUCGUUUUGGACUGGACUCACAUGAGUUUGGGGAUAUUUUCGCGAAGUUUCAAAACAAAGAAUCGCGAACUUGGCUAGUCCGAUCGAUCGCAGUUUGAUUCCGCCAAAAUAUGAAAACUUAUCAACAUUGCCCAAUUGAUCGGGAUCUGAUGUAGGGUAGCGUAGCGAAAAGAUAGUGUACUUGGACCUGUUGAUUCUACACACGAAUACCUGAUUUAAGGUUUUAAGACUUUGUUGAUUCUGACGAAUACCAAAGAAUCGAAAAUAAAAGGCAGCCUGCCUCUAUAAUUUUUAUUCAACUCAAAACUAAAAUAUCUCAAUGAGGUUACAACCUUAAAUAAUAAAUUCAAAGAAAACCUAGGGAAACCUUAAACACUUUUGACGAAAAACAAAUACCAAAAUCAAAUAUUUCAUUAACAUCCAACCCAGAUUGAUUGGGAUUUGACUCUAGUGCACCCUAGUCAUUUUUGGCCUCUUUUUGGAUCAUUUCUCUUCGGUUCACGCCUUUUUACCUGAAAUGAACAAAACUGAGACUACUUAGGUAAAGUCAUCCUCAAACGACUCAAAACGAUACAAAAUUACGUCCAAAAGAAGUACAAAUACAUGUAUAUAAUGGCACAUCAAUAGACAGACUUCGUCUCUCUCCCUGUCUCGUGAUAUCAUGAGUGGUAACAAUGAGUAGCACUUGAGAACCGAGGUAGUUUGUCGGUGGAGCUUGUGAGCAUCCUAUGUAACAUUCAUCAUUCACAUUCCCUUUCCUUUCCUUUCCUUUUUCUUUUUGGCCCUCCCAAUGCUUCCAAUCGAGCUUCUCUGGGUUAUAUUGCAACUCUUUGAACCUUUUUUUUUCUCUCCCUCUCUGUAUCUGGUGCUCCACUACUGACAAUGCUUGGCGAUCCAUUAACAAGUUCAUAACUUGAGCAGGUGACAGUCACAUACCACAGCCCUCAAAAGACAUUGAAAUAUGGAUCAGAAGGAAUGGCUUUGGAGGAGAAGGUCCUCAGAAAAGACGAUCAUUGCAACCGACAAAGUAGACCUUUCCUUCAAAAGAAUCAAUGAAGAGAAGCUACCAACAGAAAAUGGGGUGCGCCCAGAUAGGGUGGUGAGAAACCUAAGCAGGAAGUUAGCUUCUGUCCUCCUUGAUAGUCAUAAUAAAGAUGAUCUGUUGGCAAAACAUGCAGAAGCGACUCAAGAAGAUACUGGAGGCUUGGAGAAGCUACAAGCUCUAAGGGAAGCAGAAUACCUCAAGAAAGAACUAGAAGAAGCUCGAAGGCAGGCCGUAGCAGCAAACGAGAAACUGACUCACGCUGAAGAUGCACUGGAAGAAACUAUGAGACUACUGACCUCUCUUAGAGAAGAAGAUCAGGAGCACUUAGUUUGUGAUGUUGUAAUGAAAACAUCAUUGGAUUUUGAGGAAAAGUUGAUGGAAACAGGUAAACGACUUAAAAACUUAGCUAGUGAGAAUACUCUUCUGAGCAAGGCCCUUCUAGUGAAAGAAAAAUUGGUCAGAGAUCUACAUGCACGCCAGAGUCAGGCAGCCGCAGAAUUUAAUGCCCUAAUGGCUCGAUUAGAUUCCACAGAAAAAGAGAAUGCAUUUCUGAGAUAUGAGUGUCACAUGCUCGAGAAGGAGCUUGAAAUUCGGAACGAGGAGAUGGAAUAUUACCGACGUUCUGCUGAUGCAUCACAUAGGCAGCAGUCGGAGAGUGUAAAGAAAAUCACGAAGUUAGAAGCAGAUUGUCAGAGACUCCGCCUCCAGAUGCGUAAAAGGUUUCCAGGUCCUGCUGCUUUCACAAAGAUAAAGAAUGAAGGCCAAAUGAUGGUAACAGAUCAGACAGAGUUGAGAAUAAAAUCUCUGAAUCCCACAAGAGAAAUGGUUGUCAGAGAUGCUCCUGUAUCAGACAGUACCGAUAAGAAGAUGAAUUUCCCGAUUGAGCAAUUACGUGAUAUGCAAGAACAGAAUAGAACUCUCGAAGAAAUAAUGGCCAAUAAGAUUUCUGAAUUCCAUUCUUCAAGUACCCGGUGGUCACGGACCAUUUCAAGAUUAUCAAAAGUUGAUGAACGGGAGAAAGAUUUUUCCAGCGGCCACAAAUGCAUGGAACUGUCAAGGCGUAGUCCUAUGUCAAAUGAACUUCAUCUGACUACUAGUUUUGACGUUUCCAGUGAUGAUGGGAUUAGCUCUUCUGAUUCAUGGGCAAAUGCUUUAAAAUCAGAACGGGAGCAUUAUGAGAAAUUCCAGACUCCAGACUCCAAAUCCAUUGGGGUCUCGGAAAUGAGUUUAAUGGAUGACUUCGUAGAGAUGGAAAAACUAGCUAUCGUUUCAGUGGAAGCUCCUGCCGGAGAUAUGUAUCCCUAUGGAUUAAAUGACAAGGAAAUAGUUCCAGCUGCUAAAGGCAACACCAAGCUGGAAAUUCACACGAAAGAUGCAGGAGCUGAUAAACCUUUCGACUGGCUACAGAUUGUUUUGAGUGCAAUCCUUAAGCAGCACUGUAUCUCAAAAAGAAGUGUAGUCGAACUUCUUGAGGACAUUAAAAUUGCUUUUGGUUAUACAAGUAAUACAACUACCCAUGAAGCUGAGAAAACUGGAAUCUCGAAACAUUCAAGAGACUCUAGUACUCGCCUUGUCGGUGGUUCUUCAAACAUGUCUGCACUGAAAGAACCUUCCAGUUUAGACAUCUCAGUAAAAGAAAUGAACAAACAACAUAGUCAAUCCGACUUGGGUGAGGCAAUCUGCAAAAUUAUUGAGUUGAUCAAGGGGAUCAAUAUAACAUCUUUAGCCAUCAAGGAUUCUCUGAAUUCUUAUUCUGAGAGAGAUCAAAGUUCCUUAGCAUCCAUGGCACCUCCAGAUUACUAUGUGCAUGUUUUCCAAUGGAGAACUUGUGAACUGAGUUCUGUUCUAGAACAAUUUGUUCACACUUGUGAUGAUCUGUUGAUUGGGAAAACUGACAUUGUAAGAUUUGCUCAGGACUUGUCAUUUUCUUUAGAUUGGAUUAUGAACAACAGCAUUAGCCUUGACGAUGCUUCAAAUGCUAGGGAUAAAAUCAAGCAGCACUUUGGUUGGAGUGAAUCAAGAAAUGACAAUCAAGCCGGAGCUAUAGUAGAUGGUCCACUUGUGGAAUCACAUCCUCAUCAUAGAUCUGAAGAGCAGUCAUCACCGUUGCACUCAGAUUCUUCUGCAUGUGACCGAAAUUGCCAGUCUCCAAAGGGGAACACUCCUUGUAGUCUUCAAGAAGAAAACAAUAGAUUAAGGGAAGAGCUGAAAAUUGUGGAGUAUGUAAAGAAUGGUAUGGCAGCCAGCGUACGGUCUGUGAAAGAUACAAGCGAGGCUUUGACACUACAACUUCCGGAAUCAGAACAAAGUGUUGGAAGCUUGCAAAUAGAAAUAAAAACUUUGAGAGAAUCAAAUGAGAUGACCGAAGAUGAGAUUGAAAAUCUGAAAUUGAUGAAUGAAGAUCUUGAUACGCAGCUGACAGUUGCUAAAGCUAAACUGAACGAGGUCAUACAAAAAUUGUCGUCUUUGGAGGUUGAGUUGGAGGAUAAAAGCAACACAUGUGAUGAAUUAGAAACAACAUGUCUUGAGCUUCAACUCCAGCUAGAAAGUGUUCAAAAGAAGGAAACUCAGAACUACAGCAGAAAUCAGGAGGAGAAAUCAUCCCAAAAUGUUUUGGAGAAUGCAGCUGCUUCCAUAAAGUUGGCCGAAUGUCAAGAAACCAUUGCUAACCUUGGACAACAGUUGAAAGCACUGGCUUCAACAAAAGAGGCAGGACUCAUUGACAAGGUUUUCUCUACCACCAGCCCUGCAACAUCCUUGAUCCAUAAUCGGAACAUAAUCAAACGUCCAUCCUUACGAAAUCAAAUGCUUGCUGAAAAUGAUUCCAAAGCAGAGGUUCUCAAAUCUCCCAGUAUAGUAAGCACCGAAGAAAUGCAGAAGCUAGAACCUAAUCACUCAACUAAUUGUAAUACACCCCAUCUAUCUACAGCCCUAGUGAGUGCUCCCGAAGAGUCUCUGAGCUCAACGCAAAAGGCUGGUCAUGUGACUACUGGGUCGCUGGCCGUUGUGCCUAGCAAGAAACAAGGAGGGAUCGGUUUCCUGAGGAGGCUACUAAUGAGAAGGAAGAAAGGAAGCAGCAAGAAAUAGAAACUUGUGACUGGGAAAAAAUGAAGCUCAAAGUCAAGGAAAUUUUUGCUGCCUGGAUAGUAGCAAAUGCCCUGUGAAACCAAGAAAACAAGCUCCCCGUCUUCCUGGUUUGUAUGUCGAUGAUCAGCAUGGUGUCUGGUUGUCAUCCCUUGAUCGCCUGAGGUAGUAAAUAUUUGCUCAUCUUCUUUCUUUCUUUCUUGGUUUUCCUAUGUGUUGUAUAGUUCUUGAAGUAUUGCUGAUAUUAAUAAAUGUGGGAAAGAAUUCUCAAUAUUUUCACAGAGAACUGAGAAGGCAAAGAAUUCAUAAUUUUCUUUUUCUAUA